CUGUUUAGGAGAACUUUCUUCUAUCAGAAAAGAGGAUGGCCUACAGAGGCAGCGUUCGACCAUUUGUCAACUUCAAUGCCAAACACGAUGCUGAAAUUCUCCAUAAAGCCAUGAAAGGAAUUGGUACGGAUGAAGAUGCCAUCCUCAUGCUUCUGACCAGUCGCAGCAACGAUCAACGCCAGCAAAUUAAAGCAGCGUACAAAAAGGCCUAUGGAAAGGACUUGGUCAUUGCCCUUAAAUCAGAGCUGGGUGGGCUGUUUGAGAGCCUGAUCGUGGCCUUGAUGACUCCGUCAAUCUUACAUGAUGCCUCUCAGCUGCACAAGAGCUUAAAGGGUGCCGGCACUGAUGAUGACGUGUUGAUUGAGAUUCUGGCAUCCAGGACCCAGGAACAAAUUAAAGAGAUCAUCAAAGUGUACAAAAAAGAGUUUGGCAGCAAACUGGAGAAAGAUAUCUGCGGUGACACCUCAGGACACUAUCAGAGACUCCUGGUGAUCCUGCUGCAGGGGAGCCGGGAGGACGGAGUCGAUGAGGGCAAGAUCGAAAAAGAUGCAAAGGAUCUGUAUGCUGCCGGCGAGGGCAAGUUUGGGACAGACGAAGACAAAUUCAUCUCAAUUCUUGGCAACAGGAGCAUAGAACAUCUCAAGAAAGUGUUCGAUGCCUACAGGAAGAUCUGUGGUUCUGACAUAGAGGAUAGCAUUAAAGGCGAGACCACUGGGAAUUUGGAGAACCUGCUCAUUGCUGUUGUGAAGUGUGUCAGGAGUGUUCCAGCGUUUUUUGCUGAAGCUCUGUAUAACUCUAUGAGGCGGGCUGGAACUGAUGACGACACCCUGAUGAGGAUAAUGAUUUCAAGGAGUGAGGUGGACAUGUUAGACAUCAGAGCCAACUUCAAAAAGAUGUAUGGAGCAUCUCUUUACACCACGAUCCAGGAGGACACCACCGGAGACUAUCAGAAGGCUUUGCUGUACCUGUGUGGUGGAAAUGAUUAAUACGGUGUUGUUGGACGCUGAAUGAUGAGCUGCCGUGAUGCUGCAAAACAAAGCUCCGUGUGAGAUAAGGCUAUUGAGCCACAGUUAUUAAUUACUUCUUCUUUGUGAUGAUUCAAUUGGCGUGAAUUACAAGCUUGACUGUUUUCUGCUACAUGAGUCGAUUUACAUAUAAUGUAUUAAU